AUGUAAAAAAUAGAGAACAACAUGUCUAGUUUUAAUUCAUGAAGACGUCGUUUUUUAUGGGCAGCACUUCCGGUUUCUUCGCGUCACUGCACAGAACCGAGUCACUGCGAGAGGAAAAAAAACAAAACAACAGUGAUGCUGUUGUUAUUUGAAAAUAUCUGUUCCUUGCUAUAUUAAUUUCCAGCGUCGUCUUUUGUUUGGACCAGCAUGUGCAGGCUGUCAGUCUGUACUCUCCGUGGAGGGAGCUCGUUAAUGAGAGCACACCAGCAGCAACAGAGGAUCUUUCUGUUCUGCUAGCUGUCGUUAGCCUACGUUAGCUGUCGCUCAACAGAGUGCUGACUGCGUGUAGCCCAGUCUGUCUGCAUCGGCCACAUUGCACAGAUCCUGCAAGAUGAAUCUCUUCCGUCUUGUGUGCCGCCAUAAAACAGCCCUUGUAAUCGGCUCUGUAUGCAUCUUCGCCAUAGUUCUCUUAUUUUUGGCCAAAUGUACAUCAGAAACAUUAAAGCAGGCUCAUCCAGGCCCACCAGGCUUAGCUCCCAGGGCCAACGUUCUGCAGUCUCGCAUAGAGCAGCAGAAUCCUCCUGCCACAGCCAAAGACUCUGCUUUCCUUGUAGUUCUUAUCACAACUGGACCUAAGUACACAGAGCGGAGGAGUAUUAUCAGGAGCACCUGGCUGGCUAAGCGGGAUUCUGAUGUUCUGGCUAUGUUUGUGGUAGGAACUCAGGGACUCUCUGGUGAGGAUCUUCAAAACUUAAACACAGAGCAGGGACGGCACAAAGACUUGCUUCUGCUACCUGACUUAAGGGAUUCUUAUGAGAAUUUAACACUUAAGCUGAUCCACAUGUACUCUUGGCUGGACCAGAAUGUGGACUUCAAAUUUGUCCUCAAAGCAGACGAUGACACAUUUGCUCGCUUAGACAUGCUUAAAGAGGAGCUGAAGAAGAAGGAGCCCAGCAGGUUGUACUGGGGCUUCUUCUCCGGCAGAGGUCGAGUGAAAACUGCCGGCAAAUGGAGGGAAAGCUCCUGGGAACUUUGUGACUACUACCUCCCCUACGCAUUAGGGGGUGGCUACAUCCUGUCAGCUGACCUGGUACAUUAUGUACAUCUGAAUGCACCAUAUUUUAAAAUCUGGCAAAGUGAAGACGUAUCACUUGGAGCCUGGCUGGCACCGGUUGAUGUUCAUCGGACACACGACCCACGGUUUGACACAGAGUAUAAGUCCCGUGGUUGCAACAACAAAUAUUUGGUCACUCACAAGCAGAGCUUGGAAGACAUGUUGGAGAAACACCAGACUCUGCAGCGUGAAGGCAGGCUCUGUAAAGAGGAAGUGAAACUGCGAUUGUCCUACGUUUACGACUGGAGUGUGCCGCCUUCACAGUGCUGUAUAAGGAAGGAUGGCAUUCCCUAAUGAAAGUCCAUUUUACAUGGUUAAACAUGGUUUUAGAAUUUUUAGUAAUAAAUUAUAUGUUCUCCUACAUAAUUUAUUUAUUUGUGGGUUUGUUUUGUUUGUUUUUUUUAAAGAUAGGAAUUUGAAAAUUUUAAACUUGAACAAAAAUACCCACAAUCAAUUUUGGCCAUGUAGGUGCAAUUGUCUUUAUGUAUUGAACAUUUGUUUUCUUGACUGUAAUAUAUAAUAAGGUUUUUUAAUUUAAACAUCAUUUGUCCAGCCCUAAUGUGAACCUCAUUCUUUGUUCUUCUAAUUCUGAAAAAAACAAUUGUUACUCCACUGCAGUAUUUUUUAUUGUUAAAGAUAAUAAAGAGUGUACUGUUUAUUUGAGGUUUGAACCCUAAACUAUGAUUGAAGCCAGGUAUAUAAUAACAAAGCAUUACUGGCUCAGAGAUGUUAUCCCGUAAGUGUAUACCAACAGUCAGGUUUUCUUUUUACUUACCCAUCAUGUCGACUAUUUUUGUAUUGUUAUUUAUUAAUAACUUAUUUUCCAGGAUACACAACACACUGGUACUAAGUGAGGAACUCAGAUGUCGUGGUUACUGUGUCAGAGCAGACUUUAUUUAUAAACAGAUCCCCUGUAUUUCACAUAAUUCGUGCAGAUGGAAUGUUUAUGAUACAAACUGUAAAGUGUUUUAGAUGCACAGAAAAUGUCUAAAUGUUAAUUGUCGCUCCUAAGAGUCUGUGGUGAUAACUGCAUUAAUGUCAUUGUUGAUUACAGGGGCAGCAGUUCCACUUUAAUGUUUGGGCAGUUGAUUUUUUUUAUGUCAUCCUUUGUCAAACUGAUCCUGAUUCAGGUUUGUGUUCGGUAGGUUUUUUUUCUGUACAUUCUCUGCUGCCCUGAAUGCUUUAGUAAAAUAUUGUAUGUGUUUACUCA